UUCAUAUCCGACAACCCUUGUAAGCUGAGAAGACGGAAACCCUUCUAAAACCCCGCCGAUUGGGAAGACGAAGACCCUUCGUCGCUUUUGCAUAGAGCUGACGCCCAGAACAGAAUGGCACAGGCACAGGCACAGGCACAGGCACAACCAAGUAAGAAAUCUUCGAGGAAAAAACCUAAUCUCCACAAAAUCUCCAAGAAAUCAUUCAAGCUUAAGAAGAAACCAGACAACGCCGUUCAAUCCAAAAUGGGAGCUUUGCAAGUCGAAGACGACGACCUCCCCGAUUUUCCCAGAGGAGGAGGUGCUUCUCUGAGUAGGCGCGAGAAGGACGAGAUUCAUGCGGAGGUCGAUGCAGAGUUUGAAGCCCAGGAAAGGGUGCUGAAGAAGAAGCAAAAGAAGAAGGUGAUGCAGAAGAAGACUCAAGCAGCAGAGGAUGAUUUGGGUUCCCUUUUCGGUGAUGGUCUUACGGGAAAACUACCAAAGUUUGCUAAUAAGAUCACUUUGAAGAAUAUUUCUCCUGGAAUGAAGCUGUGGGGAGUCAUUGCUGAAGUAAAUGAGAAAGACCUCGUAGUUAGUCUUCCAGGGGGCUUACGUGGAUUAGUUCGUGCUUCUGAAGCAUUUGAUCCCUUAAAUAAUGAAGCUAAAGUCGAUGUUGAUGGCAAUUUCCUUCCCAGUAUAUUUCAUGUUGGACAAUUGGUUUCUUGUGUUGUGUUGCAAUUGGAUGAUGAUAAGAAAGAGAAAGGGAAGCGGAAGGUCUGGCUCUCUUUGCGUCUUUCUUUAUUGUACAAGGGCUUCACUUUGGAUGCUCUUCAAGAAGGGAUGGUAGUUAGUGCAUAUGUAAAAAGCAUUGAAGAUCAUGGUUAUAUUCUUCAUUUUGGAUUGCCUUCGUUUACUGGGUUUUGCCCAAAAGACAGCCAUGAUGAAACUAGGGAGAUCAAGGUGAAGACCGGGCAACUUUUACAAGGGCUUGUUAGAAACAUUGAUAAGGCUCGCAAAGUUGUUCAUCUGAGUUCUGAUCAUGAUAUGUUGUCUAAAUGUGUGACCAAGGAUCUCAAGGGUAUUUCAAUUGAUCUUCUCAUUCCAGGCAUGAUGGUUAAUGCUCGUGUACGGUGUACACUUGAAAAUGGGAUUAUGUUAUCGUUUCUAACAUAUUUCACUGGAACUGUUGAUAUAUUUCAUUUACAAAAUACUUUUCCUACUGCAAACUGGAAGGAUGAUUACCAUCAAAAUAAGAAGGUUAAUGCUCGUAUAUUAUUUGUUGAUCCCUCAACUAGAGCUAUUGGUUUGACCCUGAAUCCUGACCUUGUGCAUAACCAUGCUCCCCCUUCACAAGUUAAGCUUGGAGAUAUCUGUGACCAUUCAAAAGUAGUCAGGGUUGAUGGAGGAUUGGGCCUUCUGCUUAAAAUCCCUACAUGCCCAGUGUCAACUCCAGCAUAUGUCACUAUAUCUGAUGUAGCUGAUGGGGAAGUCCGGAAAUUGGAGAAAAUUUUUAAAGAGGGGAUUGAUGUUCGUGUUAGAAUUCUUGGGUUUAGGCACUUGGAAGGACUUGCUAUGGGAGUUUUGAAGGCCAGUGCUUUUGAAGGUUCAAUGAUUACCCAUUCAGAUGUGAAGCCUGGGUUGGUGGUGAAGGCUAAGGUCAUUGCUGUUGACAGCUUUGGAGCUAUUGUUAAAUUUCCUAGUGGUGUGAAGGCACUUUGUCCUCUUCCACAUAUGUCUGAGUUAGAGAUUGUAAAGCCUGGGAAAAAAUUUAAGGUUGGAGCUGAAUUAGAGUUUCGUGUUUUGGGCUGCAAGUCCAAGAGAGUUACUGUUACGCACAAGAAAACACUAGUGAAAUCAAAGCUUGAAAUUCUUAGUUCAUAUGCUGACGCCAAUGAAUGUUUAGUAACACAUGGAUGGAUAGCAAAGAUCGAGAAGCAUGGAUGCUUUGUCCGGUUUUACAAUGGAGUCCAAGGAUUUGCCCCCAGGUCUGAACUUGGAUUGGAUCCAGGAUGUGAAACAAGUUCAACGUAUCAUGUUGGGCAAGUUGUCAAAUGCAGAGUAACGAGUUCUAUUCCUGCUUCUAGGCGGAUCAACCUUAGCUUCAUAAUAAAGCCUUCAAGCAUUUCCAAAGACGAUACGGUCAAGUUGGGUAACCUUGUUUCAGGAGUUGUUGAGCAAGUAAUCCCUCAUGCAAUAAUUGUACUUGUUGAAGGAAAAGAUUACCUAAAGGGUACAAUAUCUACUGAGCAUCUGGCAGACAAUCAUGGACUUGCUACGUUGAUGAUGUCUGCCUUGAAACCUGGAUAUGAAUUUGUCCAGCUGUUGGUUCUAGAUGUGGAGGGCAACAACUUGAUACUCAGUGCCAAGCAUUCCCUUAUAAAAUCAGCUCAACAGCUUCCUCUAGAUCUCUCUCAAAUUCGCCAGCACUCUAUUGUCCAUGGUUAUAUUUGCAAUAUAAUUCACACUGGUUGCUUUGUCCGCUACCUUGGGCGUUUGACUGGAUUCUGUCCAAGAAAUAAGGCUAUGGACGACAAAAGGGCUGAUCUUUCUGAAGCUUAUUAUGUUGGACAAUCUGUCCGCAGUAAUAUACUUGAUGUCAACAACCAAACGGGGAGAAUCACAGUGUCUUUGAAGCAGUCAUCUUGCUCCUCAACAGAUGCUUCCUUUAUUCAAGAAUACUUUAUAUUGGAGGAGAAGAUUGCCAAGCUGCAGUUCUCAGACUCCAGAGUUGCAGAAUUAAAAUGGGUGGAAGGAUUUGACAUUGGUAGUGUCAUUGAGGGAAAAGUUCAUGAGGUGAAGGAUUUUGGAGUUGUUAUCAGCUUUGAGAAAUAUAGUGAUAUUUUUGGUUUUAUUACUCACUACCAAUUGUGUGGAAACAGUUUAGGAAUAGACUCAACUGUUAGAGCUGCAAUUCUUGACGUUGCAAAGGCAGAACGCCUGGUAGAUUUAUCUUUAAAGCCAGCUUUUAUUGAAAGAUUUGAAGGAGGAGGUUCUAACAGCCAAACUCACAAGAAGAAACGCAAAAGGGAAGUCAACAAGGACUUGGAGGCACAACAGACUGUAAAUGCGAUAGUGGAGAUUGUGAAAGAGAAUUACUUGGUUCUUUCACUCCCAGAGCAUAACCAAAUGAUUGGAUAUGCAGCAGUGAGUGAUUAUAACACCCAAAAGUUUCCUCAAAAGCAAUUCCUGAUUGGACAAAGUGUCAUUGCAACCGUUAUUUCUCUUCCAAGCCCUUUGACUGGUGGGAGGUUGCUUUUGCUACUUAAAUCUAUUAGCGAGUCUACUGAUACUUCCAGUUCAAAAAGAGCCAAAAAGAAGUUGAGCUACAAUGUGGGAUCUCUGAUUCAAGCAGAGAUCACUGAGAAAAAGCCUUUUGAGCUAGGACUGAAAUUUGGAAUUGGGUUUCAUGGAAGGGUUCAUAUAACAGAGGUGUGUGAUGAUAACACAGUUGAAGAUCCCCUUAGUGUCUUCAGAAUUGGGCAAACAGUGACUGCAAGGAUUGUUGCCAAAACUAAUCAAAUAGAAAAUAAUAGAAAAAGAUAUGGGUGGGAAUUGUCUAUGAAACCUACAAUACUUGCAGGUUCUGAUGAAUUUGGGGAUAAUCUUAUGGGUGAAGAUUUUGAUUUCUCUACUGGGCAACGUGUGACUGGUUAUGUGUAUAAAGUGGACAGUGAAUGGGUGUGGCUAACAGUAUCUCGAUAUGUUAAAGCUCAGCUUUUUAUUCUUGACAGUGCUUGUGAACCUAGUGAACUUAAAGAAUUCCAGAAGCGCUUCAAUGUUGGGAAAGUUGUUUCUGGCUAUGUUUUGUGUUCCAACAAGGCUAAAAGGCUGUUACAGAUAAUUUUACGUCCAUUGUUUGUGGCCUCUAAUGGAACACUUGCAGGAAAAAUUCAUAGUAGUGAUGAUUCAUGCAGUGAUAAUUCCAAGGAGAAUAUAGUGACCCAUAUAAAUGAAGGAGAUGUUGUGGGUGGUAGAAUUUCCAAAAUUCUUCCUGGUGUUGGUGGAUUGCUUGUGCAAAUUGGUCCUCACCUGUAUGGUAAGAUACAUUUUACUGAACUAACAGACUUAUGGGUGUCUGAGCCACUGUCCGGAUAUUAUGAAGGACAGUUUGUCAAAUGCCAUGUUUUAGAAAUCAACCAUACAGUGAAGGGUACUGUUCACAUCGACUUGUCAUUGCGCUCAUCUUUAAAUGGCAUUCACAGUUCAAAAUCUAUUGAAGCAAAUGGCAACAUGCUUUCUACUGGAAAACGUGUGGACAAGGUGGAGGAUCUUCAUUCUAAUAUGGUUGUGCAGGGCUAUGUUAAGAAUGUGUCAUCAAAAGGCUGUUUCAUUUUGCUUUCUCGGAGGCUUGAUGCAAAAAUUCUCAUCUCCAACUUGUCUGACAAUUAUGUAGAAAAUCUUGAAGAAGAAUUCCCUGUGGGAAAACUCGUGGUUGGAAGGGUGCUAUCUGUGGAGCCUUUAUCUAAGCGAGUUGAGGUCACGUUGAAAUCAAAUGCAAGCAAUGCUUCAAAAUCAGAAUUAAAUGAUUUGAGUAGUCUGCAUGUUGGAGAUACUAUUUCUGGCAUGAUAAGGAGGGUAGAGUCAUAUGGUUUGUUUAUCAGGAUUGACCACACAAAUUUGGUUGGAUUAUGUCAUGUAUCAGAGCUUUCUGAUGAUCCCAUUGACAACAUAGAGUCCAAGUAUAGGGCAGGGGAAAGAGUUGCAGCAAAAAUUUUAAAGGUGGAUGAGGAAAGGCAUCGGAUUUCACUUGGAAUGAAGAAUUCAUAUAUUGGGGAUGAUACCGACACUAAAACUACUUCAAAACAAAGUCCAUACACUACCAUUAAAGAAAAUGGCUUUAUUAAUGACAUUCAGAUGUUGCCACAGAGCAGUUUACCUGUGAUUCAAAAUGUGGCUACUGAGUGUGAAAAUGGGGAGUCCCUAUUUCUUGCACAGGCAGAAGCAAGGGCUUCUAUUCUUCCGCUUGAGGUUGUUCUUGAUGACAUAGAGCACCCCGACAUGGAUAUUUUAGCUAGUCAAAAUCAAGAGCAUCUCAAUGAAGCUGCAAUGAGGGAUGAAAAAGACACGAGGAAGGCAAAGAAGAAAGCAAAAGCUGAGAGGGAGCGAGAAAUUAGGGCCGCUGAGGAAAGGCUACUGGAGGAAGAUGUGCCAAGAACUGCUGAUGAGUUUGAGAAACUGGUUAGAAGAUCCCCUAACAGUAGCUUUGCCUGGAUUAAGUAUAUGGAGUUCGUGCUCUCUUUAGCUGAUGUUGAGAAAGCUCGCUCAAUUGCUGAACGGGCUUUGAGAACAAUAAACAUCCGAGAGGAAUCAGAGAAGUUGAAUAUUUGGGUGGCUUAUUUGAAUCUAGAAAAUGAAUAUGGAAGUCCUCCAGAGGAGGCUGUAAUCAAAAUAUUUCAGAGAGCAAUGCAGUUUUGUGAUCCUGAAAAGGUGCAUAUUGCACUCCUGGGUAUAUAUGAAAGGACAGGGCAAGAUAAGUUGGCUGAUGAACUUCUCAACAAGAUGACCAAGAAAUUUAAGCGUUCAUGCACGGUUUGGUUAAGGCGGAUACAGAGGAACUUGAACCAACACUUGGAUGGAGUUCAAUCUAUUGUAAAUCGUGCCCUACUAAGCCUUCCCCGUCAUGAGCAUAUACAAUUCAUUUCUCAAACUGCUAUUCUUGAGUUCAAGUGUGGUGAUCCUGAGAGAGGGCGAUCCAUGUUUGAAGGCAUGCUACGAGAGUACCCAAAGAGAACAGAUUUGUGGAGCAUCUAUCUCGAUCAGGAGAUUCGUCUUGGAGACAUGGACAUUAUCCGUUCAUUAUUUGAGAGGGCAAUAAGUUUGACCCUUGCACCUAAAAAAAUGGAGUUCUUAUUUAAAAAGUAUCUGGAGUAUGAGAAGUCCAUUGGUGAUGAAGACCGAAUCGAAUCUGUGAAGAGGAAAGCAAUGGACUAUAUUGCGAGCCAAACAGUUGACGCUAGCUGAUUCCAGCUGAGGAAUGUCAAUUGGUCUGCAUUAGUCAGAAGUUCGACUUGUUUGGUCCGAGGUUUUUUGGUUGUGUUGUGGACUCUUUAAGUAGGUCAAGAAAAUGAGGCCCAUAUUUUUUUAUGACCUCAGCUUGCCUCCAAGGAGUGGCUUUUAAGCCUAGCCUCAUAAAUGUACAUGUAGAUUAGUUGUUUAGUAUAUUUGUUGAAUAUAUUAAAUUAAAGUUAAUCGAGUUAGCCUUUUCAUUUAUAUCAGGUUCCAAAAAAUUUCAUAUUCUUUAAUUCAUAUCAAGAAGAAUGAGAAAUGAACAAUUUUGGCCUUGAAAUGGUU